GUGAUUCUAAAUUGACUUUAAACACUGAAUCCUCCUUAAAGUAAUAAUAACAAAACACACAAAGUGUUUAUUUACUGAUGACAACAAAAGAUGUUUCCAAUUUGCUGUUACAAAAAGCACAAAUUCAGACAAUUGCACACUUCCCUCUGUCUGUGUUUGGAUUUUUGCUGUGGAUUUAUGCUUCUUCAUCUGUAUGAAGAGCUGAUUUAAGUUGAAGCUUUGUACUGUUUAGUCUUGAGUUUAGUUCUUCCUGGUGUCUCUGAGUUUGUCUCCCUAUUUACAGGAAUAUUAAUACUUUGUUGAGAGAGUUCAGCUCAAAGCGCUACUAUUGCAGUGAGACACCCUUCUCCUUUCACCAGGCUUCAUCAAAAAUGAGCUCCUCUUAAUCACAGGUGAAACUAAUACUCACACACAAAUUUUGAGGGAAUAAACAUCUCCAUAAAUCACACCAACUGUCAUGGUCCUCCAGUCCUCCUGCCUCGCUCUCUGUCUGUAUGGAUGUGUAGUGGGAUCCUUCUGGGAUCUCCAUCCUGCUCCUUUGCGCACCUGAAGCAAUCAAGCUCACCUGUUUGUGAUGUCACUCUCCCUUAAGAAGCAAGGCUGACACCAAGCCUCUUGCGAUCAGAUUUCAUUGCUGGACUGUACACUGGCUUCACCCUGUGAAGAGUAUGUCAAGGUGCAGAAUCAAAGCUUAACACUAUAGGUCUCAGUGGACAUGUGAUCAAGCUCCCUAAAUAGGACAUGCUGAGUCAUCGCUGGUUGGCCAAUAAAAUGCAUUCUUCUCUCUUAAAAGUGAAGACAGGAUUGAGACUCUUUCCAUUCACCACAACAUGAUGACAUCGAAACAGUUUGCUUUUUAUCUCACAUGUUUGUUUCUGGGGCAAAUGGCUCACACAAAUGAUUUGAAAUUGUCUGUUCAUCAAGAAAGACAUUUUAUAUCUGUUAACACUGGGGAAAGUGUGACUUUGAAUUGUUUUUAUAAAGGUAACGAUGUGGCAAAGUUUUUCUGGUACAAGCUGAACUUGGGACAGAAACUGAAGCUCAUUUCUACUUUGUUCAAGUACGACACCAAUGGUACGUUUCAUGAUGAAUUCAAGAGUGAUUCACGAUUCACAGCAGCUACUGAGGAAGGAAAAAUCUACUUAAAGAUAACAAAUGUGCAAGUUUCAGACUCUGCGAUUUACUACUGUGGAACUUAUGGCUACAUGUUUGAGUUUGGAGAGGGUACUGUCGUUGAUGUAAAGGGUUCAGGUUUGCACAUGCCAACUUUAGUGCAGCAGUCAGCAUCUGAGACCAUCCAGCCAGGAGGCUCUGUGACUCUGAACUGUACAGUACACACUGGGACCUGUGAUGAAGAACACAGUGUUUACUGGUUCAAAGACUAUGAAGAGUCUUUCCCAAGAAUCAUUUACACCCAUGGAGGCAGGAAUGAUCAGUGUGAGAGGAAACCCAACACACAGACACACACUUGUGUCUACAACCUGCCAAUGAAUAGCCUGAAUACGUCUCAUGCUGGGACCUACUACUGUGCUGUUGCCUCAUGUGGACACAUACUGUUUGGAAACAGGACCAAGCUGGACUUUAAGGAUGAGGGGAACUGUUGUGUCUCUGUGUAUUUCUUGAGUGGAGCAUUCACAUUCACCACACUUCUGAGUGUUUUAAUGGCUUUCUUAUUGUAUUUGACCCACAAGAGAAACAGCACCAAACACACAGAGUCUCAUCCAAGAACAUCACCUCUUUCCUCAGCAGACGCAGAGCACAAUGAAGGAGACAUCCAUUAUGCGGCUUUAAGCGAUCCGAGAGCUGGCAGACCAAGAAGAAAGAGUAACAACAGCAAGACUGAAUGUGUCUACUCUAGUGUAAAGCAGUAGAACUGGAUGAGUUUCUUAUCUGUUUUUGUGCUUUUGUUAUUUUUAACAGGCUUCAGCACUUAAAAACCUAAAGACAUUUGUUGUCUGUGAACUUCCUGAUAUGAGUUUUGCAACUUUAUAUUAAGCUGAGUUCAAUUUUGUUCCAAACAAAACAGUUUUUAGCCUGUGUGCUGGAAUCUGAAAUUCAGUGUUUCUAUGUAGUAGAACCUGUACUCAGCUCUGUGUUUGAUUUAAAUGGUUAUAAACAGUGCCGUAAAAAAGUAUUUGCCACUUUCCUGAUUUCUUUUCUUUUAGCAUUAGUCUUUUAAUAUUAGUCAAAGAUAUAUUUUUUUAAAAAGUAAAUACAAUGAAAUUACAAUACAAUACAAACAUAUUAACUAUGAUUAACCAGAUUUUUUUAACCAGACCUGGGUGAGAGAUUGAAGUCCCCGUGGCCGCCCCCUGCCAUCACAGCUGAGGUGGUAAAACGACUUGACACCCAGCCUUAUGUGUUAAAAAUGGUCAGAGUGCUAAAACAAAGCUUUUCUAUCUGCUAGUAUGUAGAUUAUCUUUUUUUUUAAAUGAAAGAUAAAUCAGAAAUAUAAGUCUGCUCAAUAUGUUAUCAAAGAAAUGCAGAUUGAGUAGUGGAAAUGAUUUCUCUAAUUUCUAGAUUUUAGGUGUGUAGACAUGAUCCACAGUUUACCUUUUUA